AUGAACAGGCAGGGAAAGGCUGUCCGGCCGCCUGUCCCCGGCCCCGACAGCCCCAAAACCAGCGGGCUGCCACCACAACCCCGUCCCGUCCAGCAGAGUGGUUCACGCGGGCGUGUCCGCCACGGUAAUGGCGCUUCUGACAAGCAGCAGGAAGGCCAGGGCACGUCUCCACACACGUACGAAGACGUCGAUGGGGUGAAACGUUACGCAACGUCUGCAGGUGCCACACCCAUGCGGCAGCCUGAGCCUUAUUGGCGAUCACGUGCGGACGCCGCUGCAAAAAUACCCAACCCUAUGUACGCCUCCAAUGCAGGCUCCACAACUAUACUGCAGCCUCAGUCAAAGCGAUCACGUGCGGACAGCGCUGCAAAAAUGGUCAAUCCUAUCUACGCUUCUGGUUCAGACGGCGCGUAUCCGGGUGGAGCGAGUGGCCGCCCUGGUGUCUGUAGCUUCCUCCGCGCUCGCCGCAGCUGGCUGGCCCCCGGCAUCGCCGUACUGGUGAGCUUGUGCGCCAUGGGACUCGCCCCUCUCACGUUCAGCAACAAACAGGAAAUAUCCACCAUUGUCAACGCUGUGAAACUCGACCAAGAUGACAUACGCCAACUCUCCGACAAUGUUGACGCCUUGAAACGCGACCAAGACAACAUUUCCACCACUCAAAAUGCCUUGAAACAUGACCUGGAAUACGAGCGAAACCGAACCGCCACCUUGGAGCAGCGUCUUCACGAGAUUGAGAACGGUGCACACACCAAUUCUUCCGCGACAGGGGGAGGUAGUGCCCGGAAAAAAAACGACUCACCCAUGGACCAACCCCAGGCACGUGAGAACGACGAUGAAAACACACCCAACGCCACCAUACCAGGUUACACUCGGAGGCGUGGAAUAUGCUACAAGGCCUUCAACACACGCAAGACCUUCAGCGAAGCGGCUGUGGCCUGUCGUGCAGACGGCGGCACCCUCGCCAUGCCCCGAGACGCUGAGACCGAAGCCUUCCUGGUCUCCCUGUACAAGCCCGUACGCGUGUGCGACAACCGAGGCUUCUGGAUCGGCCUGCACGAUCAGCGCGAAGAGGGAAGUCCAUGA